UGCGUGAUCGGCCGGGUAGCCGGGAGAAGUAAUCACCACCGGACGGCCGGGCUGCACCAACUGCCGCCUGGUGCCGCAGUCGGUGGUGUUGCGUGAAGCCGCAGCCAGGGACGGCACCACCAGCACCAGCACCAGCACCAGCGGCACACAUCUGCCGCACCAGCGCAUCCCGGCAGGCCAAGGCUGGGCCGGAGGACGCUUGCAAUCUGAACGAUUGCACCAUGCUCUGCCGACUGUUUCUUCUGCUGGCCGUGAGUGGGGCUGCGGUGGCCUCAGCGGCCACGGCGGGGGACGCGCUGCCGCUCCGCCUGCAGCUCCUCCAGGAGGAACAGGAGGACUGGAGCGACGCCGAGGAGUCCGCCGGGGAGCCCGCCGAUGAGGACCCGUUCCUGGGGUUCCGGGCGGCCGACCAGUGGCCGCCAGGCGGCGUCAGCCUGCCGCUCAGCCCGCCGGUGACGCUGGCCGACGGCGUGGUUACCGGUCAGGUGUACACCAUCAACCCGCAGCGCACCACGCUCGCCUACCAGGGCAUCCCGUUCGGCGAGCCGACCAACGGGUCGCUGCGCUUCAUGCCUCCGGUCAAGAGGAAGCCGUACGGGGCUAUCAACGCCACCUACCCGUCGUACAACUGUCCCCAGUCGGGCCUGCAGGGACCGGGCACCGAGGACUGCCUCUACCUCAACGUCUAUACGCCCAAGCUGCCCAACGCCACGCACAAUCCGAAAAUGGCCGUGAUGGUGUUCAUAUACGGCGGCGCGUUCGUGGCGGGCGGAUCCAACAUCUACUACCCGGGCCGGCUGCAGAAGGACAGGGACAUCGUGCUCGUCACGCCGCACUACCGUCUCGGCGCGCUCGGGUUCUUCACGACACUGACGGACGACGCGCCUGGCAACGUGGCGCUGCUGGACCAGGUGCUGGCUCUGCAGUGGGUGCAGGACAACAUCGCCGCGUUCGGCGGCGACCCGGACAAGGUGACCAUCUUCGGCGAGUCGGCCGGCGGCGCCAGCGUCUCCCUGCUGCUCGUCUCGCCGCUCGCCAAAGGUCUGUUCCGCGCGGCGAUAGCCGAGUCUGGGUCGGCAGUGCUCGACUGGGCCUACAACGAGGAGCCGCUGGCCACGGGCCGUGACCUGGCCACGCGCGCCGGCUGCCCCCUGGAGCCCAUCAGUCAGAUGUUGGACUGCAUGCGCAGCCUCUCCGCGGAGGAGAUGGUUGAACUGGGCAACCAGUACGCGGCCGACGAACGAAGCGUGGCGAGGAACGGUUUCGACGGCCUGAACCCGGUGGUGCAGCCGGCGACGGUCAGCGAGCAGUACCGCUUCCUGCCCAAGGACCCGACCACGCUCAUCAGGGAGGGCAACUUCAACAGCGUGCCGACCAUCCACGGCGCCAACAAAAACGAGGGCUCGUUCGUCUUCGGACUCAUGUACAACGAUUACAUGAAAGUCAACAAUCUGACUGACGACACCGACUUCUUGCAAUACGAGUGCAUCAGCAAGAUGCUUUAUGCCUUUCAUGUCAGCGACCCAACGGACGGCGUCACAGAGUCCAUCUCCAACCAGUACUUCUACUACGUGGACAGCUGGGACGUCGACACCAUGUAUCCCGGACUGGAGGACUUGACUGGCGUGUUCGGCAUUAAAGCCGGUGCCAAAAAGAUGGCCGACAUGCUGUCAUCCGCUGGCACCCCCUCCUGGAUGUAUUCGUUCGACUACCGCGGCAAGAAGAGGCACACCAUGUCCAACUUCCUCUUCAUCGGAGACGAUAAACUGCCGUUCGAGCCAGGCGUGACGCACGCUGACGAGCUGAUGUACCUGUUCCCCAUUCCGCUGAUGACGGACUUCAACGACGAGGAGAAACACGUCUCCCAGAUGAUGACAGACAUGUGGACCAACUUCGCUAUGGAGCUAGACCCGACGCCGGCCGGCUCGGGCCUGACGCGGUGGCCGCAGGUCUCCGAGGGCGGCGCCUACCUGCAGAUCGCCGCCACCGCCACCGUCAAACACGACUUCAGCCAGACGUUCGAUAUCUCCGUGCAGGAGCACGUCAACGCCAGCCUGACGACGCCGGCGCCGAGCACGAGCGCCGCGCCGGGUCCGAGCACCAGUCCGGCGCCGCCAGUCACCUCGACCGAGUCGAGCUGCCAGCGCGAGAUGGAGCGUCUUUCGGAGCAGCGGGACACCUACCGGGGCGCCACCAUCGGGCUGGCCGUGCUGGCCGGCGUCGGCGCCCUCCUGCUCAUUGCCGCCGUCACCAUGAUGUCCCGCUCGCGGCGCCGCGGACCCGUCAGCACCAUGGUCAUGCAGGAGAAGCCGCCACACGCGUGAGCGGCCGCCGCCAAUUCAUCGUUCCAGAGGACUACCUACUACUAUCCACUGUCCGAUGGCCGCCGUGUCUCGAGCUAGUCACCAACCGUGCCAGUCGGCCCGGUGUCUCAGCCACUGAACUGAAUGUGUCUGGGCUGUUCGAGGUCUGUCUUGGGCCUCCCUGAGGCGUGUGAGAAGUGGAGACCCAAGGUGAUACACGUGUGCAAAUGCAUGCAGAUCAUGCUGACCGCUGUAUCAACCACUCGAGCUCACCACUCCAAUUGUUUCGAGUCCUGAGUGGUAUCACCUUAUUUUGCUUAGCACGGAACUGAAUAAUAAACGUUUCUAUAACUACAUAUGAUGUAGCUGCGUCCUUGUGCUAAUCAUGAUGUAUGUGAUUUAGUUGCAGCUAAAUUUUUUUUCACCCAAAGUUAGCUAAUGCAUGGCUAGGUUAAUUGUUGAGCAUUGCUGUUCGGAUGUUGUCUGAUAGUAUGCCCAUUCGUUGGCGCAUGCACAUGCGUGUUUGCACGUGUGUCAACGAUCGUUACAUCGCGCAGGAAGCACUAUGCAAUUCAUGCAAGCAUCAACGUAGGGCUUGAAUACGAGCCAGACAUGUUCAUUGUUUAUAUAUGGACAUGGAAAUGGCUGUUUGUAGUUUGUACCGAAGUACCUACUUAUAUUGAUAAUACAUGUUUUCACUUGACAGUAGGUAUAAGAUCAGGCUCCUGUGUAAAGUUUGUAGGUUAUACCUAUUCGUGUAAAUGCUUAGAGUUAAUCCCGUAUGUAUAAAAAUAUAGGUAUUGAAUUCAUAUUGUUGUAAUUAAGUGCACCUUUUUAUAGGUAUACUGUAUAUUAUAGAAAUAAACAAAAAGAACAAAAUAUUCA